CAGCAGGCUUGACACCUUGACACUGACAAACAGCUGUUCCCUACAAGCACUUGUCACCAAACAGUUUUUCGGUGAAUGUAAAUUGUUUACGUGUUUUUUGACUUGUAAGCGGUACCCGGUUAUAACGGAACCUCAUUUUCCAGCUCCAACUCAUCAGCAGUGCACACGGUUGCAUUACAGCCCCAAUUUUCUCAAUUUUGCCCCCAUUAUCCAGCGGCCACCAUGGGUGUUGCCGGGAUUUUCAAGUUUAUUUUGCGAAGAGUUUUCGAAUUGUUUGUGGUCGCCGCUCUAUUGGUGCUGAUACCGAAUUUGCCGCCUUACGCCCAGUUUUCGCAGCCCUACAGUGUGUCACCUGCUCAGCCCUUUACCGGCAAGUUGUCGUUGAACGAUCGGCUAGAUGCUGUGGAAAUUUGGCACAAAGGGGACUUUGUGGGUCCCGAAGCGUUUGCCGAUUUGGACAAUUCCCUGUAUACUUCCCUGUAUAACGGCGACAUUGUGAAGCUAACGGGCGAACAUAUAACGCCUGUUGUAAAGUUCGGGAAGCCCUGCAAAGGCUCCUAUGAGGAGAGGAUUUGUGGGCGCCCAUUGGGCCUGCAGUUUGACCAGAAAGACCAACUGUAUGCCAUUGACGCCUACUAUGGAAUCUUUCGCGUUAACGUCCAGUCAGGAAAAAAGGAGCGGCUCGUCGGUCCGCAGGUGGAGAUUGAAGGACGACGCCCCAAGAUAUUCAACAGCCUGGCCGUGGCAAAAAAUGGGGAUGUCUUCUGGACGGACUCCAGCACCGAUUUCACUCUGGAUGAUGGCCUGUUCACUCUUCUAGCUGACCCAACUGGAAGACUGGUUCACUACAAUGCCAAAACGAAGGAAAACCGCGUGCUGCUCGACAACCUUCUCUUCGCUAAUGGGGUGGCGCUGUCCGAAGACGAAACGUUUGCAAUUGUGGCUGAGACUGGCCGAAGCCGAAUCCAUCGAGUGUACAUUAACGGCCCCAAGACAGGCAGCAGCAUUUUCCUCGACGGGCUGCCGGGGCUACCAGAUAACUUGAAGAGCGAUGGAAUGGGCGGCUUCUUAGUGCCGUUGGUUUUGGGCCGGGACGCCGACUACCCCAUUCUGAUCCAGUCGAUCGGUCCUUUUCCUAAGCUCAGAAAGGCCGCUGCUCGCUUCAUGGGCAUCAGCCAGUAUGUGCUGCGGAAAAUCGACCAGUACUACCCGAAUGAUGUUUGCCUGAAUGCCGUUCAUACUAUUGGGCACUUCAGCUCCACCCCCAAGCUGCUUGCGACAUCCAGAGUGACGCUUUUGCGAGUGAACCGCGACGGUCAGAUUACCGACAGCGUCCACAAUCUUAAUGGCAAAAUUGAGAGUAUUUCGGAAAUGCAUGUGCUUGGGGACACCCUGUAUUUGGGCUCGCCAUUCAACGACUACAUUGGGCGCAUUCCUUUGGCGAAACUGGGCUGGGAAGAUCUGAAAAAGGAGAAACGCCCCAAACGCUCCCCCACCGUUGAAAGCGCUAAACCGACUACAACCACCACAAAACCCACUACCACCACUCCAAAGCCCACCACCACCACCACUCCAAAACCUACUACAACCACUCCCAAACCCACCACUACGACCCCAAAGCCCACCACCACCACUCCGAAGGCUACAACUGCUGCUCCCACUACUAGAAAACCCGCAACAACCACUCCACCUCCCACCAAACCACCAACAACGCCUACCACCAAGCAAACUCCUCCUCAGGUAAAACAGCAAACGCAAACUCCCCCUCCCGUAAAGCAGCAGGCGAAACAGCCAACGCAAUCUCCUCCCGUCAAACAAGAGGCGAAAACUCCUCCACCGGUAAAACAGCAAACACAAGCUCCGCCCCCAGUCAAGCAGCAGGCGCAAACUCCGCCCCCAGUGAAACAGCAAACGCAAACUCCGCCCCCAGAGAAGCAGCAACAACGAAAACAGGCUGCGCCAGUGAAGGAACAGCCUAAAGCGACCCCACAGAAGCAAAAAGUCGAACUCUAGAGAGCGUCGAAGUGGCUGAUGGGAAAAAGUCCUGAGUGGUUUCUUAGAACAUUCCUGUAACUCCAUAGUUGUAGUUGAUAAGUUUGGUUGUGUUAAGGGAAUAAUGACCUUCUGUACCGUUUAAGUGAAAAUUCCGUGCAAUAAUUUAUAGGGAAUUGCGCACAUAUCCCCCCUCUGCAUGUACAUACAAGGUGUCUGUCAAGUGUGGCUUGCUGUUGUACAGUAACUGGACUCAAUAGUUUUUUUUUAUAUUAUUGACUGUUUGAUGUGGAUGUGAGGCAGCUUUACUUUCAACUUCUCUAGGUUAGGGCCCUUAAUAGUAAGACUUAGGGAAUGUAUCUCUACUUUUGCGUAACGGUUGUGAGUGUUUUCUGGUGCGCGACUGCGGCAGGGAUAAUGUAUUUAAUAUUAUGAUAAAUCUAUCUAAUAUCUCCACCA